AUGGCCCCAACACAGGCGUCUGCACGCCCCCAAAGUCUAUCGACAUUGCUCGAGACACUUAACAACUGUCUAUCGACAACUGCCUCCUCUCUACCCAAGACACACAAAGAUGCGCCUUCCGAUGUUACGAUCGAGCCUCCCCAAGACGGCAUCUCUCUCCUCGACACUAAGAGCGAAAUUCUCCUCUCCUACUUACAAAACCUCGUAUUUCUGAUUAUUUUCCAACUGCGAAAUGUGUCAGCGAAACAAAACCCGAAAGAGAAGAACGAAUCGACGGAUAACUCCCUCGAAGAUGAUAUUCGCAAGAAGUUGAUCGAGCUUCGGGUAUUCCUCGAGCGCGGUGUUCGUCCUUUGGAAGGAAGAUUGAAGUACCAGGUGGACAAGGUCAUCAAGGCUGCAGAGGAUGCGGAGCGAACAGAGAAGGCCCAGCCGACCAAGGCGACCAAGAAAAGCCGCAAAGUUGCGACAUCAGACAGCGAAGCCUCAUCGGAUGAGGACGAAGAUGAAAGUGGUAGCGAGGAUGAAGAGGACAUUGAUGAGAUGGCGUACCGACCCAACGUCUCUGCCUUCGCCAAGGGAGUGGCCGAGAAGAAGAAGGCGCAGCCCUCCAAGGGUGCGGCCGAAGGACCUGGAGAUGGCAUUUACCGGCCCCCGCGCAUCAUGCCAACUUCCUUGCCUACCACAGAGCGUCGCGAACGCCAGGACCGCAGACCCAUUCGAUCCAACGUCAUCGAUGAAUUCGUUAGCGCUGAAAUGUCGUCCGCACCCAUGGCCGAGCCCAGUAUUGGUAGCACAAUCAUUGAUGGUGGCCGAACGGUCAAGUCAAAGAAGGACCGAGAGCGCGAGGCAGAGCGUACCACCUACGAAGAGACCAACUUUGUCCGAUUGCCCAAGCAGACCAAGAAAGAAUUGGCCAAAAAGGGCUUCGGAAAGGAUGGCACAUACGGCGGUGAUGAAUGGAAGGGUCUCAAUGAAGGCGCAGAUAACAUUGAACGUCUCACCCGGAGGUCCAAAUCUAGUGGAUCCGCACUCGAGAAGAGUCGCAAGCGAGUCCGCAAUGAGGAUGGACAACGUGGUGAUGGUGUGGGCAUGGGCCAAAUCUUCGAUAAGCGACGAAAGAAGGUUGACAGCUGGAAGCGGUAA